AUGCCGUCCGCAAAAACCGCCCGUCCGACCACGGACGCGACUGCUACCAGACCCGCCAAGCGCGCGCGGGUGUCGUCUCACGGCGUCGGCAAGGUCAAGGCUGCCAGUGACGCGACAGACCUGCCUGCAGCUCUAGCAGCCUCGGCCGCUGCAUGCAAAGUUCCCAAGUUCUUGCGCUCGCUGUAUGCGAUCUUGCAAACAGAGGACCCGGACAUCAUCUCAUGGGUGGAGAACGAGGAGCUAACGCCCAACAGCGUCACAGCCUUCCACAUCCUCGAGAUGAAACGCUUCGAGCGCGAGAUCUUGCCCAAAUACUUUAAGCACCAGAAGUUUGCCAGCUUCCAGCGACAACUCAACAACUUUGGCUUCCGCAAAUGGACCAAAACGCAGUCCAGUGGUGUCUGCACCUUCAGCCACAACUGCUUCCCACCGGACUUGUCGGCCAACAACAAUCCCAACUUGUCCAUCCGGGAGCAGUGGCGUCAGAAGAGCACACAAGUGAUCCCUCCUCCGACUGCGACGAUGAACGGUCUGCCAAUCAAGAGACGCAUCGUCGGCAAUGGCAUCGCCAAGGCCAAAGCAAAACAGGGCGACACGGCCAUCCGUCGGAGGCCAGUAAACGUUCAGGUUCCUGUUGGCAUGGCCGACCCGUUCGCCGAUAUGUACCGCAGUCCUAACGCCAAUGCCGGCAUGGAGAGCAAUGCCUUCCGCUACAGUCUCAGCCACCAGCCACCUCUUAAGAAACUGGCCCGUCCAAAUAUCGCUAUAAAACAGGAUACAACCCAACCGCCCAACGGUCUGGAAGCCUUUUGCGACGAUUCGUUCAAGCAGUUCAUCUUGCCGCCACUUCAACCACACCAUUUGAUGUCUGCCACACCGAAAAAUACUGCGUCACUGACACCCACGUUCUCCAGCCACAAUGACUCCAAAUCUGGUCUGGGCGGUUAUCGCUUCUCCAUGGCGAAUAACAACGCUGCGUUCUCCGAGUCUAGUUACAGCAAUGGACUGAAGCCAUUCGACUUGAAGCAAAUGGACACGCAGCCUCAUCCUUAUCGACCGGGAAAUGCUCACCAAAAUGAAGGAAACGCAUCUGCCGACGCAGCGCUACAGGGCACCUUCCUGGAGCCGUGGAUCUGGGACGCACAGACUUCGUCGUCGAACUUUGAAAUCGGCCCAUUUCCACUCGAAUUCGACUGCAAAAACGAGUUUGAGUGGGAAGAAGGCAACAGUUAUCAGGUUGUGUCCACUUCUAUCGGAUGCGGCAUGCCCAACAAAGAAAGUAGCCAUCAAGAACGCGGUGUGCCGUCCAACACCGAGGAUUUCGGUUUGGAUAACUUGCUGUUCGUUGAGUAA